AUGGCGCCUAGAGAUUCAGAUUUGUCUAAUAAAUUUAUUGUGACCAAGAAGAUUUUUGUUUCAGUUCUUCCGGAUUCAAACACCUUAAUUCCCGGAAAAUUUAAAGCCACAACUGAAGCGGACCUUCCUUCUAACAUAUAUCUACUGGAUACACCAGAAGACGAUAAUUCCUGGUUCAAACACAUAAAAGUAUGCAAGAACACCGAAUUACUGGAAGAAUCGUGUUCUUUAUACCCAAAGUACUGGAAAGUCUAUUACAGGCACGCCUUGUAUUACAUAAACAAGAAUGAUAUGCCGAAAGCGAGCCAAGUAUUCACGGAAGCACUCAAAUUCUUGGUUUUUCUCUACCACACAGCCUCAAUUCAUGAGUAUAUACACUCGCUUAUCAAUGCAAUUGAAAUGGCUGGGUUGGAUUAUAGAUCAGAUAUCAUAUGGAGAGAAUGGGCACUGAUACUAGUAAAGAUAUAUAACUGCAACCUGCUAUCCCUUAAUAUGACGUCUGGACUUCUGCCGGAUUUAUUCUCGAUGGACCAAAACGUAUUGAAAACACCACUGAUCCCAAAUGAAACUGAACAAAUCGCAUUCAGAUCACCGGCAAACUUCGAUAAGGACAAAAGAACGUAUCUGGCGCUUUAUGGCGAAGUCAACGCACUUAGAAAUCUUUUCCACAGGUGGCUGAAAACACCGACGAAUAAUAUGAGAUCACUUUGGGACGCCUAUUCAAUAUUCGAAAAUACAAUUGACUCCAGUGGAACUUUAUCGACAAAACUACUGGGUGACAAUAAAAAUGUAAUUAAUCUGUCGAUGAGAGCCUACGAAGUACUAUUUUACAUACAUUUAAAAAUAACUGAAUUGUACUCUAAAGUUUAUCCAAUCAAGGCCUUCUCGUAUGAAGGAACAUUGUCUUCAAAAUCUAAAGUCAAACGAGGCAUCAAUAACUGGAUGGAAAUAAUAAAAUAUGAGGAGAGCAAUCCAUUGGAGACAGAUAGGCAGACACUAAUAGAAAGAGUUAUAUUCAACUUUGAGAGAUCACUAUGUCCGCUAGUUUUCUCAAGGGAGAUGUGGUACAGAUACUUUCAGUUUCUGCUUUUCUCAGAUAGACGCUCUGAAGCGAUUGAGAAAUUGGAAUUGGUAUUGAACAACUACCUUAAAGAUGACGAAAAAUUAAGAUUUGUAUUGGCGUUGUAUUUGGAUGAGUCAGGAGAACCCGAAAAGGCCCACGAACAUUUCGCAAUGCUUGUGUUGCCGGGACUAAGAAAUAAAAGUUCAGAUCUUGAACAGGAUUUGAGUGGAGAACUGAAACUGAGAAAACUGCUCCAGUGCAAAGACUUCAUGUCCCACGAAAAGUCAGAGUUGGGAGGGAUAAUUCAUUACCUGAACUUUGUUCGCAAGGAGAGAGACGUGAGUGAGUGGCGAGAGGAGGUUCAACUGAUACUCUCGAAGUCUGAUCUGAGCUCGUGGGACCUAUACUGGUACGCAGCGAGCACAGAGAUGAGAUGUUUUAAGGAUUACGAUAGAGCAAUUCAAAUACUCAAACAGGCGCAAAGCAAAAUCUCCUUCGAUUUCAACUACACACUUUUAUUCCUCAACACGAUGCUAAAUGUGGGCAAACACAAUGAUGUUAGAGUGUUAUUGUCGGAGUUAAUUGCAGGAUCAAUGGACAAGAGUAGUAAGAUGACAGAGACGGACCGUGAUCAUCUAUGGAACUUCUGGCUCAACAUGGAGUAUUUAUAUGGCUCCUCGGACCAAUUUAACAAAGUCAAGAGUUUAUACGUUUCAUCGAUGAUCUCAGCAAAGCUGUCCCUAGACACAUUCAGUGAACAGUUCAUGCAGGGGUCUAAGCCGACUGUUUUUGCACUUUAUUCUGACAUUUCAGAAGCCUUUGAAAAGUCUACCACCAAUUCUAAGCGCAAAAUCGCCCAAGACCUCGGAGCCAUUGUUGAAAGCAGAAGGAAACUCUUUUGUUCCGGCAUUGAUUUUGAACACCUCGAUAAUAUUUUCAAGUUCAAUCUCUUUUUCGGAGCUGUAGGACUAUCCUCAUAUCCACCUGACACCAAUGGUGUUUCCCGAAACUCAGUUGACGAUUCAACAGUUUCAACGCAACUUCCUUCAACAAAUGUGGCUGAUCACGACACGGCGGAACGUUCUGAAGCUACUGAGGACCAAAAUCAACAAGAUAAGUCAGAUUUGGUGGAAAAGGCUGAUAAGUCGAAAACAAAGAAAACAAAGACUAAAAAAGGGAAACCACAACCACAGGAUAAUGAACCUGAAGAAUUAAAAGAUUUUAUUGAUAAACCAACACAAGAAUACGUAUCUGCGAUAAAGUACGGAACUAAGAUUUGCAGACCUAACGUGUCAAGACUCUCAGAGAUUGAACCCAAAAUGACUACCUCACUGGAGUCUUUGGUUCAACUCCAUGGCUCUAAACGUCCAAUUCUGCCUCCAAAAUUCAGACCACUAGACUCAACAGGCACACCCUGUAAAGCACUUUUCGAUUUCAUAAGACUACUCCCAUCAUCCAAGGAUAACAAAUUCUCUAACCUAUACGUUAACACAGAGUCAAUAGAUUACCUAAUACGCACAGUGGAAAAUAUGGAUCUAGGGAAUAUUGAAAUUGAUCAAUACCAGCCCCUUCCAACAAAUCUCUCAAACCAGCUGAAACAAACAGAUGAAACGUUGAAUGAGAAGUCGUUUGAGUUUAAUCAAGGACUCGAGAAUAUACUAAGAUUUCUACAGGACAAUGCAUUGUUUGAUGAAAGGCCUGUGAAAAAGCAAAAAAUCGCAAUUUAA